AUGUAUUUGCUGGACCCUGUUAUGAAACAGGUAGAAGGAAAAAAUCCAGUUGCCAUAUUUUUACUAGCAACUGAUGGGUUGUGACAAUCAGGGAAAAGUGAAAUGUACCAAAAGGUCAGCCAAAGGACAACAUGACACAGAAUAUCAGUAGUUCAGCCAGGCCUCUGAGAUGUAGCUUAUCAGUAUGUAGUAUGUGAAGAAGGAUCUGAAGAGAAAGUAGACUAUAGUGAAUAAAUGGGUAAAAAUAAUGUAAGACAAUAGGCAAUGAUAAUCAUAGUAAAUAACAUUAUAAUGCUGAGUGACUAGAGAAAAGAGAAGAUAGAGAGUGGAUAUGUCUUCUUUCAUUGUUUUUUGGUAUAG